ACGAAGGAUAUGUCUUGAACAGUGGAAACGAAGUCAAGUCUGACGACAAAACCAAUGACAAAGAACAAACAAAAGAAGAAAAUGUAAAUAACAUGCAAGACGCAAACUUUAAUCAUAUGAAAGAAUUCUUUAAAUCUAAAACACUUGAAUAUUCAUCUCAGAUCCAAAAUUUAGAAAUUCUUGUAAUAAAACUUCAAAACCAACUAUUGAUGGAAAAAUUGGACAAGCAAAAUCAUUCCACAUCUAUAACUCGGUUAGAAAAUAGUAUUCUUAAACUAGAGAAUGAAUUACUAAGGCUAAACCAUAGCCAUUUUGACUUGAAAAUAGAAAAUGAUAAAAUGAAUAGACAGAAGCUAAAAUAUCUACAGUUGGAUCACGUGCCAAAAAACGAUUCUAAGCAAGCAAAAGAAAUAACAGAUCAGACAUCGAAAAGUUAUGAAAUAAUAACACAACAACAAAGCAAAAUAACACAACUAGCAGAAUUACUCAAGAAUCAGUCAAAAGCAAUUCAACACAUGAAAACGAGAUACGAUUAUUUGGAAGAUCAGAACCGGAUGCUCUUCCAGAUGGUCAUGAAUCAGACGACACUGAUGACACAAAUAAUGUCACGAGUACAAGAAUUAUCAGAUCAAAAUAUGCAACAUAGGAUAGAAGCACAAAGUCUAAAGGAGAAAUUGGCAAUGUCAAAAUUAUCUGAUAAAAAAGAAAAUAAUCAUAUUUCAGAGGUAUCGAAUGAAUUGCUAGAAAAAAUUGAUGCAAUAGUAUCAGACACAAAGUUAGAUAUGGCAGACGAUAGAAAGAGCAAGACUAAUACCCAGGAAACAGCAAAAUUUGGCAAUGAAGACGAGACAGACGAAAAACUGAAAGCCUACAUAAAUAAAACAAAAAGGCUUGCCGACAUUACAUAUAAUUGGUGUGGAAAACACCGAAUGGUCUGUAUAUACAAAUCUAUUAGACUGGCAACGUGUGUACCAUUUGUUCCUCUGUACUGGUCUGUGUGUGAGGAAAGACAAAUAAGAGAUACAACAAGACCACAAAUGGAGUAUGGAUAUGACAGAAGGAAAACAACAAAAAAAGAACUGGAUGAAUUGAAGGAGCAGAUAUUCAAUAAAGUAAAUGCGCUGCCUGUAGCUGAAGACCCAAAAGAUAGAAACGAGGAAAAGGCAGAUGAGAACAUAAAAGAUGACGACACUAAAUCACACGCCUUUGUACAAGGAAGCGAAAACGAAAUAGUUGAGAUCUCAAAACAAAGUAUCGAGAGCAAACCUCAGACAGUUGACGUAGAUAGAAAGGUAAUUGAAGAAAACUUAGAGCUAAAACUUCCCAAACCAACCGCAGAAGAAACUACGAAUAAAAUAAAAAAUACAGAUACAACAGGCAAUGAAAAAUCAUCAGAAAUCAAAGCAUCACAACAGGGUGUUCAAUUAGAAAGUAUAAUUUCUAACAAGGUUCAAGACAGCAACACAGGGAACGAAAACACGGUAGACAGGAAUCCUAAUGUGCAAUCAGAUAUUAAACCUCAUGAAAAUACCGUAAAGCCGGACAUAGGCCAAGCACAAGAAACUUUACUGACAAAUAGUAAACCUACUACAAAAGAAGAUACAGAAUUUCAAAAACCUGUACCUAAAGAUAACCCAACCAUUAACCAACAGCAGGAAAAUAAAAAUCAAAAGGCCAAUACGCAAGAAGGUUUACCUCUAAAUGAUCAGAAGGAAAAGAACUCCAAAUCAAUAAAAGAACAAACAAAUAAAGGACAGAACAACGAGUCUCCAGAACAGAAGGACAAGAAAAUGGCUCUCGAAGAACCGGUACCAAUUGAAAAACCAGUAAAAACUUCACAGCAAGAAAACACUAUACUAAACCACGAUAAGAUACCGGAUAACAAAACGGCACAGAAGAAAGUGGCAAAAGAUAAACCCCAAGUUAAAAAUUCAAAGACAGAUGAACCUCCCAAAAAAAAGUCCUCCGACAAACAACCAAGUACACAACACAAAAAAGCUGACAACAUAAAAUCUCAAAAGCUAUCACCUAAAAAGGACUCAAAAAUUACGAAUCAAGAGAAGAAACAAGAUGAUAAAGCUCUGGAUCCAGCAAAACAAAAUAAGAAAGAAGUGAAAGAGACAACAAAACAACACAAGAAUCACAAAGAAGAUACAUUGAAAGAAGUUAAACUACGAUACCCGAAAAAGGAUCAAACAGAACCUAAAGAUUGUUAUGACUAUUAUAUGCAAGGAUACAAACGAAAUUCAAUUUACAAAAUAAAACCAUAUGGUUUUGGUAAAAGUAUACAGGUAUAUUGUGACAUGAAAGACGGAGGGUGGACAUUGAUACAGAAACGGUCGGAUGGUACUACUAAAUUCUUUAGGGAGUGGGCAGAAUACAAAAAUGGUUUUGGAGGAUUAUAUGGUGAGCACUGGUUAGGCAAUGACUACAUUCACUACCUCACAAACCAGGACCAUUACAAACUAAGGAUAGAACUAACAAAUUGGGAGAAAACAAAGAAGUUUGCUGAAUAUGAUGUAUUCAGGGUUGAUGAUGAGAAAGAAGGAUAUAAACUAACAAUAAGUGGAUACAAUGGAGAUGCUGGGGAUGGAAUGGCCAAACAUAAUGGUCAUAAAUUCUCUACCAAGGAUGUGGAUAAUGAUAAAGUUGUGAAAGAAUUCGGGGGAAGUUGUGCCACCCGAUUUAGUGGAGCAUGGUGGUAUUACAAAUGCUAUAUGUCAAAUUUGAAUGGACUCUAUUAUAGAAAUGGACAAAUCCCACCCAAAAUGUUUGAUGGUAUAACAUGGAAGCCCUGGACAGGACCGAAUUAUUCUUUACGUUCAGUGGAAAUGAAAAUUAGACCAUCUACGGCAAAGGAUAAAUAAUUGAAGUGUAUCUUAUCAAAUAAUCUAAUGAUGCACUAAAAGCAAGCUACCCAAGGGCUUAAAUCAAAAAGGCAUAUGUAUGUUUGGCAAUGGCAUGCAUCACAAGAAAGUUAGAUGGCUAGUCUACCACCCACUUCCUCUUCCAGUCAAACAAAAACUUAAAAGAAAAGCAAUACCUACAAAUUGUUUGAGCUUAAACUGUAAAGAAUUUUCUAAGAUAAAAUGGGUCACUCACACAUCAGAUGUUCUCGAUCCAUAAUUUUUUUUAAAGCAAAUUUAGCAGAGAACAGCUGAAAAAUAAAUUGGAAAAGGGCUGAUCCCACCUAAUUUUCUUUAAUUUGAAUUCAAUUGAAAAGAUCUCAUGAAAAAGGAGAGUUCCAGUCAUUAAAACAACCCCUCCUUUUUGGGGGGUUCUAACAAUACAAUCAUGUAUAGAUCCAUAAAAAUGUUUGAAUUAUGUGUUGACUUGAAAUUAUCUAUAGCAUAAAAUAUCU